CCGCCAAUUCCCGCGGCGUUCCUGUUUGGGUCGAGUUCCGUGCGAGAUGGAGUCGUUUGACCCAGCCGAGUUGCCCGAGCUGCUUAAGCUUUAUUACCGGAGGCUCUUUCCCUACUCCCAGUACUAUCGCUGGCUCAACUACGGCGGAGUGGUAAAGAAUUACUUUCAACACCGUGAAUUUUCAUUUACGUUGAAAGACGACAUUUAUAUUCGUUACCAAUCCUUCAAUAACCAGAGUGAUCUGGAAAAGGAGAUGCAGAAAAUGAAUCCAUACAAGAUUGAUAUAGGCGCGGUGUAUUCCCACAGACCCAGUCAACACAAUACAGUGAAGCUGGGAGCUUUCCAGGCUCAGGAAAAAGAACUGGUGUUUGACAUUGACAUGACAGACUAUGAUGAUGUGCGGAGAUGCUGUAGUUCUGCAGACAUAUGUUCUAAGUGCUGGACCCUCAUGACAAUGGCCAUCCAUAUCAUUGACCGAGCAUUAAAGGAGGACUUUGGAUUUAAACAUCGGCUCUGGGUAUAUUCUGGAAGGAGAGGUGUUCAUUGUUGGGUUUGUGAUGAAUCAGUUAGAAAGCUAUCCUCUGCAGUACGUUCUGGGAUAGUUGAGUAUUUGAGUCUUGUAAAGGGUGGCCAAGAUGUCAGAAAGAAAGUUCACCUAAAUGAAAAAAUUCAUCCUUUUGUCAGGAAAUCUAUAAACAUAAUAAAAAAAUACUUUGAAGAGUAUGCCUUGGUUGAUCAAGAUAUUCUUGAAAAUAAAGAAAGCUGGGAUAAGAUUUUAGCCCUUGUUCCUGAGGCUAUUCAUGAAGAUCUUCAAAAAAACUUCCAAAAGUCUCACAGUUCACUUCAGAGAUGGGAGUAUUUGAAGAGAGUAGCCAGCACAAAUCAGAAUAUCAAAAAUGACAAAUGUGGACCCUGGCUAGAGUGGGAGAUUAUGCUCCAGUACUGUUUUCCACGACUGGAUAUCAACGUUAGCAAAGGAAUUAAUCACUUACUGAAGAGCCCUUUUAGCGUUCAUCCAAAAACAGGUCGAAUUUCUGUGCCUAUUGAUUUACAGAAAGUGGAUCAGUUUGAUCCAUUUACUGUUCCAACCAUAAGCUCCAUCUGCCAUGAACUGGAUGUCAUUUUUACUAAUGAAAAGGAAAAAGAGGAGACUGAAGCUGAAUCUGAUGUCAAACAUAGAACCAAAGAUUAUAAGAAGACCAGUCUGGCACCGUAUGUGAAAGUAUUUGAACAGUUUCUUGAAAACCUGGAUAAAUCACGAAAAGGAGAACUUCUCAAGAAGAGUGAUUUACAAAAAGCUUUCUGAAGAUAACAUCUCCCCUCAAACAAAUGUGGAUAUCGUCUACCUGCAAGCAAGGAUCAAAAACUUGAAGAGUCAUUUAAUAAAUAUGGCAGAACCAUGUAUAUGUCUUAAUGCUUACAGCAGAAUUUCCUUUUCUUGAGAAAUAAUUUAUGUUGAAAAGAUUCCCUGAGGCCACUAAAAAGACUCCUGUUAAAGUUUGUGAAAGGAACUUAAAGCAAUUAAUAAGUGAAAUGCAGAUAAUUUUUGUAAAAUUUAAUAUUAUAGAAAGGGGCUGGGGAUGUGGCUCAAGCGGUAGC